GGUUGCUCUCAGUACAGAGUUCUGCCCUGACCUUCAGAUGCUGCAGGUUAAUCCCGUUAGCUCCAAGCAGCGGCCGGGGAAAUCUCUGCAGAUCUGUGCUGGUCGUGCCGCACUCUGGAUCUCUACGGCACCGGCAUGCAGAACCUUUGCUAGGAACACAGGAUGUUUAACUGGGUGGUGAAAGUGGUUCCUCAACCUGCUGCAGGCCCUGAAGAGGCUGCCAAGACCUCUGCCGUGCACCAAGCUCCAAAGAACAAAGAAGUGAAGAGUGCGGUUCUGAAAACAUCGGAGGAGGUUUCGGAAGAGGGCCAGGUGCAGGCUGGAGUGAUGGGCUGGUUGUCCAAUGGGUUCUCCAGCGCCCUGCCGCAGCCCCCCGGUACAGGCCGCCUCAGCCGGGCCAAUUCCGACGCCAGGCAGCCAGGAGACGAUGCAGAAAGAUCUGGAGUCAUCAGUUGGGUCACUCAAGGUCUGACAAAAGUUCUGCCUCAACCUGAUGCGAAAUACAAAGAAGAGGAAACCAAAAACCCUGAAGAACACACCGAGGUCUAUGAGGUGGCAACAAUGCCAGAUUAUGACCCCCUUCCUCAUAUUCCUGUGGUGGAGAUGAUAUCAGAGGAUGAAGCAUCUGAAGUGGAGAGUUUGACUCCUCAGUUUCCACCCAAAGUGGUCAACUGGAUAAAGCAGAUAAUCCCUCAGCCGGUGAUACUGCCCCCUGGUGCCGUCCCGUCUGAACCACCGGCUAAAGUGUCCCGCUCUUCUCUAGACAAAAUUCUGUCUCCUCCACCUGAAUCUCUCAGUGGAAUCUCACUGGACACAGACAAUAAGCCCUCAGGAGUGGUGGACUGGUUUGUGUCAGGACUUGGUCUGAAGAUGCCUCAGCUUGUACUUCCAUCCAAAGAUGAAGCAGAGGCUUCAGCUGAAGUCCUGAAAAAAGCGUCAUCCAAGCUCAACCCCGACAUGGUAUUAGAAGAUCUGGAGUCGGACAACGAGGUCCAGCAAAAACACGAGGAUCAAAUCAAAGCUGCUUCCAUGAGUCCAUCAACGACCACACAACCGCCGCAGCGUGAAGAGGCGCCACAAAAGCAGCUCAACUCUUCCAUGACGUCUCAGAAGUCUGAAGCACCAACGGACAACGUGGAGAAAGGGUCUCAGGAGGACGCAGAGACCCAAACGGGACGCUGGACGCCGUUUAUCGAAAACAUCAAGAAGGAGGCUGAGGACGUUGCCUUGGCAACCAUGGAGGAACGUUUGCUGCAGGAACGGAUAGAAAUGACCCGUCUGGCUGAGGAGGUGGCGAGGCAUACGGCUGAGAUGGCCGUCAGGCAGAUGGCCAGCGAAGGAACCUCCAUUAAACUUUCACUGGAGAGUCAAGAACUUCUGGAAGAGCCAGAGGCCGAGUUACCGGAGCCACAGGAGGAGGAGGAGGAGGAGGAGGAGCAGCAGAAGGAGGUCACUGGAGACGAAGAAGGCCCCCCAACAGACGAGAAGAAAGUCGAGACAGAGGAUUCUGUCAUCAAAGAACCAGAACCAGAAAAGGCCUCUGAGCCAGAACUUGAGCUGCUGCCAGAACCAUCGACCCCAACCCAAGAAGCUGCUACCGAAGGUCAGCCUGUAACCCAGCAGCCACAGAGAGCAGAAGACGCUCAAGUCCCCAACACAGAGGAGGCUCAUGAAAAAGAUGCUGAGGCUGCUGGUGACGACUGUGGCGCUCCUGUCAGCUGCGAUGCAUUAAAGAGCUGCCUGAUGCGCUUUCCUCUCACCUCUGAAUGCUUCGGCAACAUCAACGCAUUCUUCAAAGAGAACGGCAUCCCUCCUCCCAAAAUACCUUCCAUGCCUAAGCUGCCCACCCAACUUUCCGAAGUCACCAAGUACUUACCCACCCUGCCUCCUGAGCUACGCCAAGAGUUUUCCCAGAUCAGACUAACACAGGUACCCAGGAGCAUCGCCCAAACUCUGACUGAGCUUUUGCCCAAAAACCAGGAGGGAUCCGGGGGUCCCAGUCUGUCCGACUUGUCCCAGAGGCUUUCAGAUCUGCCACAGAAGCUUUCUCAGUUUCCCAGCCGGACACAGCAGUACUUUGUAAACGUCAAGAACCGCCUCAACAGCCUUUUACCGCAAGAUGCCUAAGAAACAAAAACAGAAGAAAGACGAAAACCAGCACGAUGUAGAACUGAACCGGCUUGUGCGAUCCUCCCCUCUGCCUCCCCCUCAUCAUCCUCACCUGCGCUCCCGCUCCCCAUCUCCAUCCUCGCCUCAUGGUAGCACCAUGGAGUUGCCUAACGUGCCUUCCUAUCCGCGCCUCCCGCCCAUCAUCAGCUCGCCAUCAAAGCACCUCAGCUCCCCGCCUUGGCAGCUGUCUGGCCACUCCAACCCAGCAUUCUUCAUCGAAGAUGACUCAGAUUUUUCAGCCGUAAGCCCGGCAGGUGAAUCCAGAAUACUGCAGCCAGUUGAAUGUUUUUCUUGUUGGUGUGAGAGCAAACACAAUCUGAAAUCCAACAGGUUUUAUUUUUGGAUAAAUUGCAAAAAUCCUUUUCUGGAAGUUUGAAUUCAGAUAUUGGUGUUGCGUUGUCUUGUUUUUCAUUUAUUAGAGAACAUCAGUCAUUGAAUGCAACGUUAGGGCUUUGCAGACUGGUGGACGGAGAGAAGAUAAAAAAACACUUUUUAAAAAAUUCUGCAGGAUGUGUGACACUGAAAACACCGCAUAGCCUAUUCUCUGUCAAUCAUCUUACUAAUCCUGCAGGAAUCAAAUUUACUUUUGCCAAAUACUCUAAAUAGGGCGUAGACAUUUUCGCCACCCCAAGGCAAACAAAAAAAUUAAUAAAAUGGUUGGAAUGAAGGUAAAAUCAAUAGAAAAAUAAGAGAUUUUUUUAUGCAGUUCCAACCAGGGUGUCAGGGGCAGAAGGGGGCAGCAAAGGCGAGGGUGGGUAGUGCUUGUAGGUCGUACAAUGCCGCUUCCUGCUUUUUUAAAAUUUGUCUUCAGUUGUGGCAUAAAUACAAACUUUCAUUUGGUUUUGGACACAAUUAUUAUACAGUAAAAAAAACACUUUUGCUGUUUUCUUGAUUUUAUUUUUGUCUUGUUUUUAACACAAAAAUACACAUAUGUGAGCGCAUACUUGAUGCUGCAUUAAUUAAAAGCACACAGAGCUGAUUUAGAGAGGCAUGGUCAGAUGAUAAACACCAGUCCUCAGCUCACAGAUGGAUCGUAUUGCAUCCGAGCAGUUCCUGCUUAAUCUCUCCGUCUCCAUGCCUGUUUCUACCUGCACCUCCUCGUCAUCUGCAGCACAGCUUCAGGUAAAGGUUAGACGUGUUGGCAUCUAACACUUCUCAUG